CAUGUUUUUUCAAUGCAUCAAGAGUAAUGGAAGAAGAUUGUGGUGCUUUUGCAGCAGAUUGUGUUGUACUUUGUUGCUGCUGCGAGUGCUUUAUACUACAAGUCUUUAUCUUUGUCUUCUUCAAGGUUCCUUGUAAACUUGCACAUAAAAUGAAGAGAUUUGUGACCAGAAGGCUUCGAGGAAUUAAGAAGAGAAGAAACGCGAAGAUCUUCCUACCGACAAAGGAGGAUGAUUGCAGAGACAGAGAGGAGCAUGUGUCGAGAUUAAGUUGCAUGCAAGACAUUGAGGAGAUGAUGCAUGAACUUUCCAUGAAAGGAGAGUUUGUGUUUGGGAGUUUCUGGAGACAGGGAGACUCUGCAAAUGAUUUGGAUUUCGGAAACUCACAGUUCGAAAUAGCUACAUACAGAGAUCAUCAUUCCUUGUCAUUGCUCAUUGCACAAGAUGUCAUAUUGGAUUCAAGAAUCCACAUAAUGAAGCGUUAAGAGGACUGAAAAAAAAGCGGUAUUGAACUAUAUCUAUGCAUUCUCUAACUCGAACUCUGAUGUAUAAUCUUCAGCUGUUCUGUAAACCACAAUUUACCGGACCUGUAAGAUCUCGUUUCAUGACCAGGCAAGAAUCAGAAUGUACAACAACUAGUUGGUAAGCCUUCUUCGGUCCAGAGUCUGAACUCUGAAGCAAGAAACCUUCUUCCUUCCACAUCUAUAUGGUUCUAUUUACGUUUUGCGAGUCAGUUGAAUAUGAAAGACCUAUUCAAGAGGAGACAGGUUGAUUACGUUGUCAUGGUUCAGGCUCAGAUAUCCUGACUGAUCUCUUUUUAGCUUCUAAUCUGGCAGUGAACCGAACUGUUUGUAGGUCUUAUCGAUCUUUGCCUUACCCUAUCACAGUACUCCGCACUACUAUUUGGCACUAAUAGUAGUUACAAUAGCAGAGACGAAAACGUGUAAAUAUCAUACACACAGAUUUGUUUUUUUUUCUUUCGCCAUUAGAGGCAGCAACAACCCAUCAAUAACAUCCCAGUAAGAGUGCUUAAAACAGUAAGAGUCUCUCUCUCUCCGGUUUUGUUUUCUUCUUUGAUUUGUGUUCAUCUUACUGUUUCCAUGUGGUGAGAAACUAAAGAGACUACCAAAACAGAGGAUUACAGAGGAGCAUGUGGUUGAAGAGAGCUGAGAAAAAGGGAAAGCUUCGUUUUCUUACAUAUUUUUUUAUACCUUUACCUUCAAGUUUGCAUAUUUUGCGACG